CGCCGUCACCAUGGUAACCGACUCUGACGUCAUUCCUCACGGCGGGAGGGGUGUCACCAUGGUAACCUGCCCACGAAAAACCUGUGACGUCAUACCGCGGCAUUCGGUUGUCUUACGUGGCAGGAUGCCUCAUUUUACAGAUAGAGAAACUGAGGUACAGAGAUGCCAAGACUCUUGGCCAGGGUCUCACAGCUGGGCCCCUGCACCUGCCGGCUCCCGCGGGAGGACAUGGUGAGGCCGGCCACACGGUGAGGCCGGCCGGCGGCGCCUGCGGGUGAUUCUCCCUCCCUGACCCAGCCGGCCGAGGAGACGGAGCCCGAGCGGGAGGCGCCGGCGCCGGCCCCGGCCUCCUCCAAGGAGCCGGCGGCCGCCGCCCUGCCCGCCCCGCUGCCCGCCUCGCUGCCCGCCUCGCUGAUGCAGAUGCACUGCCAGUGCCACCUGUGCGUGAGCACCCUGCAGGCGCAGAUGAGCCUCAGCGUCCACUUCAAGGAGCACUUCGCCCCCAAGCUCUACGAGUGCCCCGAGUGCCAGAAGACGUUCCGGCAGAAAGGGAGCCUGACGGUCCACGAGCGCAUGCACACGGGGGAGAAGCCCUACGUGUGUCUGGACUGCGGCAAAUGCUUCCGCAACGGGGGCAACCUGACGGUGCACCGGCGCGUGCACACGGGCGAGCAGCCCUACCGCUGCGACGCGUGCGGCACGGGCUUCAGCCAGAAGGGCAGCCUGGUGGUGCACCUGCGCAUCCACACGGGACAGAAGCCCUACGAGUGCCCGCAGUGCGCCAAGAGGUUCAGCACGCGCGGCAACCUGGUGAAGCACCUGCGCGUGCACACCGGGGACCGGCCCUACAAGUGCGCCCAGUGCGACAAGAGCUUCACGCAGCGGGGGAGCCUGACGGUGCACAUGAGGAGCUGCCCCAAGACCGCCCGCCUGGCCUGCUGCGGCCCCGACGCCUGCUUCCCCUGACGCGGGCCUGCCCCACGCCCCGCCGGCCCCGGCUUCCGUUCCCGCCGGGCCCGUGCCCCUCGAACUCUGCUCUUCCGCAGAGUUACAUCGUCUCUUCUGCCGGCCCUUUUUCUUUCUUCCUGAUUAAACUCCGAGAGAGCGCCCCAUAUUCUGAGCAACCGUUCCGGGCUCUCAAGGGCGGAAAUGUCUCCGUUCGGAUCGCCGGCGCUCUGGCCAAGCCCGGGCCGGCCGCAGGUGGCUGACGUUGGGGUUGCCGGCGGAGUUUCCCCUUCACCUCUGAGGCGGGCCUUUGUCGAACCCAUUAAUAGCGUUUGCGUGACCCUCGGAGACACCGCCAGGCCGGUAACGACUUUGGUUUGGUUUCCUUUGCCAAAACUUUGUUACCCAAGGGGUGAAAUAUACCCCCCCCUUUUUGUAUAUACCUUUUACCAUUUAUUUGCCGAAAUGAACGGCUUUGUGUGGGAUCAGCCUGCCGCUAACACCUUCUGAGAUGACGUCAGCGGGCGACCAGCCCCAGCGUGCCGACAAAUGCGUCCGUCCGAGGCGCGCUCAGCGUCUCGCUCCAUCCGGGUAUCUUUGUUAGGACUUGACGGAUUGAUUCUGGCUUUAAGGCGUUUGUAUAACAGGAACACCACUUUGGGGACCCUGGGCUCCAUCAACGUUCGAUAUCUGUCAUUCCAAAAGAAUUUUUGAGCUCUUGGUGGCUUAGCACAAAAUCCUGGUGUCACAGAAUGUUUGUUGCCUGAAUAAACAUUUCAAUAAAGUGCCUAAUCCGUAGUAUUCGAACCCUGGUACCUA